ACUUGCACCGCAUGGAGACAGAGGAGGACCAGGAGAUGGCCCAGAUGCCAGGCAGGGAGAGCCCCCCCGCCAACGACACAUCGGAGGAGGCGGAGGAGCCCAUGGCUGUCCCAGAGGACCUGUCGGCCAACUCCAGCCAGCAGAACAACCGCGGAGACAAAG